AUGUCAAACAGACUAACUUUUCAAGGUGUAAUUCAUAUGUCGCUAAUUUUAAUUUUACUUGUUAUGAUAUCAGGAAGUUCGAUUCUUGCUAAUCGCUGCGUAGCCAAGGACACGAUGACUGUAUGGAAACAUGAUAAGGGCUUAUUUCGAAAACCGAAGCAUUCCAAUAUAUGGUUAGAGUACAAUUCGAAUUAUGAAUUGGUCGCCACUUUUAAGGAAAUUAGUCGUUCGCCAGAAGGAAUUAUCAUGCAUGACGACGAACGGGGCCUAAGCAUUUUGCUUCGUUCUGAUGUCAGUGGGAUCAAAACUGAAGAGGAAGCUAAUUUUCAGCAGCUAUAUCACGGAAGCUUUACUAAGGUUGCAGAUUGUUCAGAAGAAGGUUAAGCACACCAAAAGGUAUAUAGUGAUAUAUUAUAUAUUUAUGGCUGCAUAUUAGCCAAUGAUAUGAUGAA